UUUCCCGGCAUGCUCCUGGCUGCGGGCGCCGCGCCGCGCCGGGGGCGGGGCUGACGCGUGGCACCAGGGGAGGCUCGCGCGGAGGAAGAUGGAUUGCGCCGCUGCUGCAGCCGGCCCUGUCCCGGCGGCCGAGGCCGAGCAGCGCCCCGCGCACAUGACCGCGCUGGUGCUGGCGCGCGGCGGCAGCAAGGGGAUCCCGCUGAAGAACAUCAAGCCCCUGGCGGGGCUGCCGCUCAUCGGCUGGGUGCUGCGCGCGGCCAUCGACUCCGGCGUCUUCCAGAGUGUGUGGAUUUCCACAGACCAUGAUGAAAUUGAGAAAGUGGCAAAGAAAUUUGGUGUAAAAGUCCAUCGCAGAAGCGCUGAAGUAUCUAAAGACACUUCUUCUUCUUUGGAGACCAUCCAAGAGUUUCUUCGUCAUCAUAAUGAGGUUGAUAUUAUAGGACUUAUUCAGGCAACAUCUCCCUGUUUACAUCCUGAUGAUCUUAUUAAAGUGUCAAAAAUGAUCCGAGAGGAUGGCUAUGAUUCUGUAUUCUCCGUUGUGAGACGGCAUCUGUUUAGAUGGAGUGAGAUAAAAAAAGGAGUUAACAAAGUGACAACGCCCCAAAACCUGAAUCCAGCAAAGCGGCCCCGGCGUCAGGAUUGGGAUGGAGAACUGUAUGAAAAUGGGUCAUUUUACUUUGCUAAAAAGGACUUGAUUGAACAAGACUACUUACAAGCUGGAAAAGUGAUCUACUAUGAAAUGCGUGCUGAAUGCAGCGUGGAUAUAGACAUAGAUAUCGAUUGGCCUAUUGCAGAGCAAAGAGUGCUGAGAUAUGGCUAUUUGGGUAAAGAGAUGAAGCUACUGGUUUGCAGCAUUGAUGGAAGCCGCACCAAUGGUCACAGUUGUUUGUCAGAAGAUCAAAAAGAAAUAAGCUCUGGUGGUGAUAGAGGUGCUGAUGGGAUUUCCUUAUUAAAGAAAAGAGGAGUUCAGGUAUGGCUAAUCUCUGAAAAAGAGUGUUCAAAGACGAUUUCUGCUAUGAAAUUGGAUUGUGAGGUGAAAGUCAUUGAGACCGAUAAACGACAAGAUAUAGAAGCCUGGAGAAAUGAAAUGAGUUUAUCCUGGAAAGAAGUGGCUUACUUAGGAUAUGAAGAAUCCGAUGUGGACUGCUUGAAGGAAGCUGGCAUGAGCGGUGUUCCUGCAGAUGCGUGUGCUGCUGCUCAGAAGGCUGCCGGCUAUAUUUGUAAAAGUAAUGGUGGCCUUGGUGCCAUUCAGGAGUUUGCAGAAUACGUAUGUCUGCUAAUGAAAACAGUGAAUUUGUGAAUUUUGCAUUAGGAAAGAAAACUAAAUGAACUGAAGAACUAAUGAGGAAAAACCCAAUUCCCUCCCCCAGGAUAAAUCCACAGAGUUAAAAGGGUAUUGUCAACAAGUUCAGGUCCCUAUAUUGAUUUAAUUUUAAUAUAAUUAUUAAUAUAAAUGCUUUCAGACAUAUAAGCAUAAAGAAAAGGUUUUUGUGUGUUUUCAUGAAACAAAAUUGCAGCAUUGUGUUACAGCUUGAGAACCACAAACUAAAACCUGUUGUUCUAUAUUGACUGUCCAAACUGAGUGAAAUGCAAAACAUCAGUGGCUUAAAUGGUGAAAGAGAUGUAAUUUUAAAACUCUAGAUCUUCUUUAUGAGCUAGAAUUUUGUUAAUAAGAAAGAGAAGGAAAUUUGUAGUUGGAAAUCUCUUCUUCAUGACUUUGCUACCUGGGUAUAAAAUACUGCAAUUUUGAAAGGGCCUGAUCCAAUGUCUUUUAAGCAUUAGAGUGAGCUUUUAGUGACUGCACAAGGUGUAAGGCAAUAGAAAAUCAGUCCCGUGGGGUUUGUUUUAUUUUUAACCUACUAGUGAGCUUAUUUUAUCUUACAACCAUAUCUCUUCCAGCAUAUGCACAAACUCGAGCUUAUUAGAACUGUGAUUUACAAAAUCAUAACUGCUGCUUUCUCAUACUAUUAAGUAGUGCCUAAGAUACGGUAAAAGCUUUUUUAUCUAGCACUUCACCAACCAGCACGCUCUAUAAAUCGGCAUUUCUGAUCUGCACUGAAAGCCUGGUGUAUAGUGUGGUUGGUGCAGGGCCUGCAGGGGGAUGGGGUGUGGGAGAGGUUGCGGG